CAACUGACUCUUUUUCUAGUUCAAGAAUCCUGAGGAGAGUGUGUCUGUGUGAGGAUAAUGUUGAUAACGGUCAGAGAAAUUUCCUCUUCUUCUUCUCUGUGCUUCAAUUCUCUCAUUUCUAAUACUAAUAAUAAUUCCAAGCAGCUACACUCUCUAAAGGUAAAUAGGUUCACACCCAUUUGUAAAGCCAGCAGCCUCAGUUUCAAUAGAAAAAACUCUAAUACCACUGCCCCAUCAUGGAAUCUUGGUCUAAAUCACUCCACAAACAGCUGUGAUAGUUCAGAAUUUGAUCCGUUAGGUAUUAAUUCAGGUAAAUCAUCCUGGGAUAAUUUGGUGAGCUUGUUCUUUCAAACAUUUGAAAGUUCCUCAAAUGCUAGGAAAGACAAAACUUCAUCAGCUCGAGGGUUCGCAGCUGCAAUUGAAGAUACUAGCAUUGAUUUUGGAGAUUUCUUCAAAGGUCCAUUACCAGGAAAGUUUCUAAAGCUAUUAGGCUUUUUAGCUUUGUCACGACUCGGGAUCUAUAUACCGCUUGGUGGAGUAAAUCGGGAGGCAUUUGUUGGCAAUUUAGAUGAGAAUAGUAUAUUAAGUACUUUGGAUUCCUUUUCUGGUGGAGGCAUAGGUCGCCUUGGAAUAUGUUCGCUCGGUAUUGUUCCCUUCAUCAAUGCACAAAUUGUGUUUCAACUUCUUGCUCAAAUCUACCCCAAGUUGCAAGACCUUCAGAAAAAAGAAGGUGAAGCUGGAAGAAAGAAAGUGCUUCAGUACACUCGCUAUGCUUCCGUUGGAUUUGCCGUAGUACAGGCAAUUGGCCAAGUAUUAUUCCUUCGUCCUUAUGUCAAUGACUUCAGUACCCAGUGGGCAAUUUCUUCUAUUGUUCUCUUGACCCUCGGCUCUGUACUUACGACGUAUAUUGGGGAGCGAAUUACUGAUUUGAAACUUGGAAAUGGUACAUCCCUUUUGAUCUUUACAAAUAUCAUAUCCUACUUGCCAGCAUCCUUUGGUAGGACAGUUGCACAGGCAUAUCAAGACGGUAAUUAUGUUGGGCUCGUUGGCAUCCUAGUCUCGUUCUUCUUGCUAGUCCUUAGCAUUGUAUAUGUACAGGAAGCAGAGAGGAAAAUUCCGCUAAAUUAUGCGUCAAGGUAUAGUGGCAGAACUGGAGGAGGACUUCAAAAAUCUGCAUACUUACCAUUUAAAGUGAACAGUACAGGAGUAAUGCCGAUUAUUUUCUCUACGUCAUCACUAGCCCUUCCUGGUACUCUGGCACGUUUCACUGGUGUAGGUUUCCUGAGGAAUGCUGCAGCAGGUUUAAACCCUGGAGGUUCUUACUAUCUCCCGGUAAAUGUUUUGUUGAUUGCCUUCUUCAAUUACUAUUAUACAUUCCUGCAAUUGGACCCCGAUGAUGUCAGCGAACAAUUGAAGCGACAAGGUGCCUCAAUCCCACUUGUUCGACCGGGUAAAAGCACAGCAGCAUUCAUCAAGACGGUACUCAGCCGGAUAUCAGUUCUUGGUUCGGCAUUCUUGGCGGUUCUUGCUGCUGGCCCUGCUGUGAUUGAACAAGCAACACACCUCACUGCUUUCCGGGGCUUUGCAGGCACGUCAGUGCUUAUUCUCGUGGGUUGUGCUACAGACACUGCAAGGAAAGUGCAAGCGGAGAUUAUAUCCCAAAAGUACAAGAACAUAGAGUUUUACGACAUUGAUAAUAAAUAUUGAGUCGAGACAUUUGGUUAAAGCUGGAGAAAUGAGCUUGUAAUACAUAAAGAAAACAUAAAAGCCGGAAUACAAACUAGUUCAUUGAGUUUGAUCUGGACGCGAGAGCCUCUACUUUUGAUUCCCCUGCCCCCUACUUGUCUUAAUCAAUGUAUUCUAGUAGUCUCUGUAUUAACAACUUAGAUGUACAUGUUUCUUAGAUCUGUGUAAAAUGCAGGCACAAAACUGCCAUCUUUUUUCUGUUUUAUUUUUUGUUUUUAGUGAAUUUCCCUUUUCAAAUUA